AUGGCUUCGAAAGAUGUUCACAGAAGAUCCCCCACAUGCAGUGCUAGUCCCCGUGCUUGCCGUAAUUGGCGAGGCCUUGUUCCCAAAACUGGGGUUCGGUUGACGGCACAUCUCCGGGAAGGCUUCAAGUGUCGCGGAAUCUCGCUCAAGCGUUGCGGUAUCUCGGUCCGACAUGCAAUCGUUCGUUGUGGACGGCUGUUACAAGUGGACAACAAUGGUCAGAUGAGCGAUUGUGGGGGUUACAUUGCUUGCAAAUCAGGCUUCGUGACUCUUUUCCUGACGGGUUUGACGUCUUUGAUGACCGUUUACUACGUGUGCAAGAUUAGAAUCGCAAGCUUUACGCGUUCGGGCGAUGAAGUGCGAGGUACAGAUAGCCUGGCCCGGGUUAUGUCCUGGCUUGAAGACGAUGAAGACAAGUGCUGUGAAAUGUCAUUGCUAGAUAUGUACACCAUCAAUCAUCGAGGCUGA